AUGGUGAGCCGUGAUAGUUCUAUUGUGGCUUUAUCCUUAUUUGUGAUGUUUUUGCUUGUGUUAAAUCUGCAUUUUGAAAUUACAACAGCUGCGCGAAAACCAAUUAGAGUGUUUAGUCCGCCAAGUUCGAUCAAGUGGUCACCACCAUCACCCCCAAAGGAUGAUUUUGAAAGGUUCAAGAUCAAUAUAUACAAGAACAUUGAACAAACCGCAUUCCGACCCACUGGUCAGGGUCCUAGCCAAGGUAUCGGACACAAGGAUCCCCCUGGUGCUCCAUGA